UCUUUGCCAAAGGACUAGCUCAGAAAAAAGAGUGUUGUCCUCUGUUAAGACCUCUCUUUGUUGUGAGUUGUAAAAAUUAGGAAGAAGGAACAUAUAUCCAUGGCCAUGAGUGGUUAUAAGCUUCUGUACUUUUACAGUACCUCGCAUGUAUCUCGAUUGAAACUACGCCUCCUCCCCUUUGUUCCCAUAUCUAUACGGAGGUAUACACAAUCAAUAAAGGAAAAUUACGAACACCAUGCAGAAGAAAAAGCACCUACAACAGCUGAGGAAUUCAUGAGAGUGGCAGAUGAGAUGGCGGAAGACAAAGAACAUUUAAAAAGAGUUGCAAAAGAGAGAGAUGGGCAGGGUUUUGCCAGCCAAACAGUGGACAAGGCAAUGGAAGAGGCUACAAUAGGCGACUCUAAUUUAAAAGAGCCAGCUCCUGGCAAAGGGAACUUUCACAAGAGGGGCGAUGACUCUGAUGACCUCCUUAAAAAUACCCACAAAACCAAAUAGUGAGUAAUUGAAGAUCAUGAGAUCGAUUAAAGUUGUAAUUAGCCUAGUAAUGCAACUUUUUCGUGAUACGUGUUCAAAAGUAAAUAACUAGUACUCUUGCUAAAUAAUACUCUAGCCUCAUGACGUGUACAUUCCCUUGCUUGCAUUUCCUUUCUUUUCAGCUGUAUCCUGUAUCCAUAAGACUAGUUCUUUGAGGGAACGUUAUAUUUUGCCUAGAGUUAUGUACUUUAAUAAUCUGGUUUUAGUUCGGAA